GGGAGAUCCGUCAGCUCUCCUUUGCCCCCGGCGCUUCGUUGAUGCACGGCACUGCCGAGCCGAAGGCCUUCCUGCGGGGCAUCACCUCGAAGAUGGACAGGGAAGUCUUCGAGACCUACGAUGACGAUGCCCUCGAGAACAGGAUCCUCCGGUCCUCGCUCACUGCCUGCAUAGCCCUCGGGGAACAGGCCCGGAGGCGCGAGGAAAGGCGUCUUCACGAGGCCGCCCAGGAUAAGAAGGUGGAGGGGCUGAUCCGUAAGAACUCCGAGGCAGUGAAGCAUGCUGCCCAGCUGGAGGAGGCCCUUCGGGAGGCGGCGGCGGAGAAGGCCAAGGCUGAUGGUAUAGCCGAAGGCAAGGCAGAGGCCGAGAGGGCUGCUGCCGAGGCGGCGAAGAAAGCCGCCGAUGAAGCCCAAACUGCUAAGGAGAGAGCUGCGGCCGAGGCCCGAGGGGAGGCAGUUGCGGA